CACUCACUCACACUCACUCACUCACACACACUCUCUCUGUGUCUCUAUGAUGGGAUACACAUGAACGCUGAUGAAUCCACGUCACACACACUAAGAACAUGUACACUACUUGAAUAUUAACAAUAUUACAUGAAUCAUACUGAGCAGUUAGUGAGAGUUUAUAUCUUAACGCUUAUUCAGCAAUAUUGAAGCUAUUCAGUUUAAGUAUAUACUUCAGUGUGAGUUUUCUGAAGUUGAGAAAAAUGAUGUUUUCAUUGCAGUGAACAUAACACUUGAUUUGUCACUGAUAUGAACACAACACUUUAUCGAAUUUAUUGUACAUACAUAAUUUUAAACAUUGUUAAACAAAUACUUUUAUACGCAUGAUAAAUAACCAGGCAUAGUGAUUUUAUUUGUUCUGUAUCGAUUGUGGCAAUUAUCUUUUUAAAUGUGUGCAUAUUUACAUGUAUUUGGUGGACAUGUAAUUCUAAUUUGAAUUGAAAGUAGCACAUACAAGAAGAAAAUGAUAUGCGUCCUCUAAACCUCGAUCACAUAAAGGACGGUUUCUCAUGCAGAUAUCGAUUUUUUACCACCUACCUUCAUUAUUUCUCAACCGUAAUAGCCCCCCUCUAAACUUCACUUAAAUAUUUCGAAGCUUUAAUUCGCUAAUUGCAUAAAUAUUCUUUUCUGGUUGCCGAUUAUUCUUAUUGGUUUUCAGGACAAUACCCGUGCUUUUUCUACAUUAGAAAACAGCUGAUAUAUGAAUGAGAGUCGGUGGGAUAGCCUAGUGGUUAAACCGUUCGCUCUUCACGCCGAAGACCCGGGUUUGAUUCCUCACAUCGGGAGAGAGAGGUGUAGCUUCAUAUGAAAUACACGCCUAAAGUUAGAAAUAUACGCAAAUCUGGUAAUAGCAUGUAUUUCCUGCUGUAUUUGCGUGUGUUUCCAUGAUUUAAAAUCCGGCUUUUGUUCCUGUGUUAGGUCAAGCACAAGCUUAUCUGUCAGUCAAUAUCCGAAAUGACUCCCGUGUGUGGUAUCAGAUGCGAGUGUCUAACAUUGCGUUAUGUCCCUAAGGCGCCCCUUACCCAUACUAGGUAUGUAGUAUAGAUACCGAUAACGCCCGUAUGUAGUACGUAGAAGCACGCGGUCGUUAGUUUACACACACUGAGGGAACGUGUCCUCACUCCAGCAGUGACUUGACUGCAUUGUGGUAGUUGGGUGCGUGACACGAUUCGUUCUUCUCCCACAUCCGCUAUGACGUCAUCACACGUGCGUGUGUGUCUGAUGUUGCUUGGUCUUCCUGGGCUGGAGGCGGCCAACAUUUUAUUCUUUAUGUUCCCAUCUUACAGUCAUAUCAACGGGCCUCUGGUUGUGGCGAGGGCAUUGGCGGAGCGAGGUCACGUGGUAUGGAAUGCUCUUCCGACAGAAUUAGCAAAUCACAAAGGUCUACAGUCUCCCGGGGUCAGCAUCUUACAUUACAAAUCCCUGGACAACUUCAACAUUGAAGAAGAGAUGCACAGAUAUGUUGAGUCAAAGGAUAUGUCAAUCAUUUUUGAUGCAAGUAAGAAAGCAUGUGACUUGAUCCUAAGGGAUGGACAGCUUCUAGGACAAAUGAAAGGAAUGAAGUUUGACUUUAUAAUAUUUGAUUCCACGCCUUUACCGAGAAUGUUAACUAUCCUAGCCUAUAAGUUAGAUGUACCUUUCGCAUUUAUUGGUGCAGGGUUUGAACCUCAAGCCAGUCGUACACCUUUCAAUCCUUCCAGUACUCCAUUCCCUAUCUACCCAUGGUCUCCAGAAAUGAAAUUCUGGGCAAGAUUUGCCAACGUCAUAUUCAUGUUAGGUUGGCACAUCUAUAACCCUUUCUCCUACUAUGGAGCUGUCGCGACCUACGCCCCAGAGAAGCCUGACUUGACCAUGGAGGCUCUCAUUGCUAAAGGAUCCCUCUGGCUUAUUUCACAGGAGCCCCUCGCUGAUUAUCCCAGAGCCAUGUUACCUAAUGUGAAGCUCAUAGGAUCUCUAUCAGCAAGCAAGGUAAAUCCACUACCGGACAAAUACAAGAAGUUUAUGGAGGUAUCAAAAGAUGGUGUGGUCAUCGUUUCUUUUGGAAGUAAUGUGAAACAUCUCCCAAUUGGUGUCGCCAAAAAACUCGUUAAUGCCUUUUCACGUACAAAAUACAGGUAUGUUUUUAAGACUGAUGAGACAAUCAGUGUAGGACCUAAUAUUCUCUUAACAGAGUGGAUGCCACAGUCGGAUUUACUCGCCCAUCCGAAUACUAAACUGUUUAUCACCCACUGUGGAGCUAAUGGUCAGAGCGAGGCUUUCUUGAAUGGAGUUCCAAUGAUUGGAUUCCCGUUAUUUGCCGAGCAGCCUUCUAAUGCACUGAAACUGGAGUACCUUGGAUUCGGCCUCAGCAUGGAUAUAGACUCGUUUACUGUGGAGGAUUUAGUAUCCAAUAUAAAUGAAGUUAUCCAGAAUUCUUCCUACUCACAGAAAAUCAAGAAAGCUGCGGAAAUCACGAAGCUCCGAAAAAGAAGUCCCAAAGAUGAAGCUGUUUACUGGAUAGAACACGUGCUCACAUAUGGCGGCGCCCAUCUGAGGUCGUAUUGUCAGGACAUGCCGUUGUAUCAGUAUUUGUGUCUGGACGUCAUCGGGCUUUUCCUGUUCAUCCUCCAUGUGUGUAUUUUCCUUAUAUGGAAGUCGUGCGGGUACUGUUAUAGAACUAUUGUUCAUAGACCAAAAGAAAAACUUCAGUAAUUCUUCACAUUUGUUAGAUUACCAAUUCUGGGUAAAUGGCGAAUAACUGUGAAAACGCCGAAACGUAAAUAUAAAUAUUUUCACCUGUGUUAUAUGACAAAGUACUGCCAGAAAGCAAGGCAAAAUAUUAACUCCCUAAGAUCUUUAGGAUUAAAUAGUUAUGAUCCUUAUCCAGUUUGAAGCGUGGCUCAGAAUGAUACUCAAAACCAACCUUUAUGGAUGUGAAUUACUCUAUGACAUCAAGGGUCAACAUGCUAUUCUGUUGGAAGGCACGCAAAGAUAUUUUGCACGCAUCGUACAGGGCCUUGAGAAGAGAUCUCCUUUAGAAUCCCCUAUUGCGAACCUUUGGACAAUUACUGCAUAUAUUGAUAAAUGCAAACUUUUAUUGUUUGGUCGUUUAUGCAAUCUGAACUGUCAUAACUUUCCAAAAAUUAUUUUUGUGCCUCCAUGCAAGCCCUGUCAAUUCAGAGACAAAUGUGGAAAACUUAAAUCAACACUUCAUAAAUACAAAAUGGGUACCUACCUUCGUACACAUACUCUGUAAGGUACUUUCCCUCCAAAUUUGAAAUGGAGAAAUCGUGUUAAUGAAACUAUAUGCAAAUACGAAGAACAAUUAUGUCUCACAAAUGUAUUAAAUACCGCAAGCAUGUCCCGUUAUAAGAGCAUGUACUUUGGCAAUUAGCUUUUCUGUACUCGGAAUAUCGACCUGCUUUACAACUUUGUGUGAAAGUCUCAUCACGCAGUAAACUUUCGAAAGAGUGCAAGCUCUGUAAUAGGAAGGCUUUGGAAUACGACAGCCACAUUAUUUUACAUUGUGAAGCGCUUAUAUCAGACAGAAAUGCGUUUUUCUUCUCUUAUUGACUUACUUGACGUUCAAAAAUAUGUUUAUUUUGAAAUGCAAGACGAAAUAGACAUGUUUUCAUUCUUAUUUGGGUCUGAAACAAAAUGUACUUACAAUCUGGAUCAACACAUCUGGGAGAUUAUCACACUACAAUUCGCCUCGUAUCUGUACAAACUAAAGCAUCUUUUGAUAUAUAUCUUUUAGUGAAUAUCUGUCUUCGUUUAGGUAUCUGAAUUUGAUAAACUGUGUGUAAUUGUAAA